UGACCAUGACAUGCUUCUUACCCGCCCUUGCCACACUUCAUCUCGGGAACCUUAUCAAACCUGGGCAUUUAGCGGGGGAAGCUAUGAGUUACUAAGAAUAUCUCCCAGUUUGACAAAAUGAAAAAUGGAAGAAACCAACCCGAAGAGCAAGUGGCAGGCAUCCAAGUGGGUGAGACUGUCGAGCAGACUCCAGACGUAGCUGCCGUCCAUAUGGGAAGCUGGGAGCCUGCUGCUUGGGCUCUUAGAAAUAACAGAACCUCGUCUGGUGGUAUCGUAAGAACAGUCUGACACCUAAGGACCAGACGGCGUUCUUGCUUGUCACCUGCGUUUAGAACCGUAAUUUACUCUCAGCCCAGAUCCCGACACCCACUAGAAACAUGCUUGCUAUUGCUCCUCAAUCCACCGCUAUCUGUCCAUGGCCAUAUUGCUACUUUUACCCUGCCUAAAGCUGAACAACCAGCUCAAAUAAUACCAUUUCCAGGAAGUGGCCUCUCGUUGCUGGAACCUACGAUUAAGUACAGGUAGCGCCAGCGCAGGCCAGGGUCCCAGAAUGGCACUCCUGCAAAGCAUUCAGGACUGCCAUCCCCUCUUACGUCUUCGGCUUCACAGAGGGCACAUUUAAACUGCACCUCAUUCUGGUGGUAUCGCCUCCGUUUUGGAACGUUCAAGAUUUCCUUUGGAGGACAGUAAGGGGAAGAGAGGAUAGGGACGAUGAACGAGUGAGGCCAAGGGAGAGAAAGGAGGGAAAACGGCCAAGUAGGAAAAAAACUGCACAACAGAAGGAGCACCCUCACCCCUCAGAUGAGUCAGCGAUCUUCAGCAGUUUCCAGAGAGAAUGCUAAAGACUGAUCUAGUCCCCGACGAACACUAACAAGAAGGAAAAGUAAAAAUCUGAGCGAGUGGGUGAGAGCCAUGGCUCUGUAAAAACAGAACGGAGACACUUAGAACGUAAGAUGAAGAGCCGAGACUUAUUAGGGGCCUAGCUAGGGGACAAGGGGCAAGGGGCCUAGUUUCUCUUUAUGCCUUGGGUGACAACAUGGGUGGGACAGCCAAAAGGAAUCUUGGCGUCCUCCUAGGCAACAGCCUUCUUCUCAGCCCCUGACCAAGCCAUGCUUUUCUACAUCUAAGUUGUCACAACCCACUCCUCUUCAAGGUGCUGAGGUGCAGACAGUCGCUACUGCAUUGGACACAGGGGGCAGUGCUGUCGCCAAGGACAUAGUUCUGUGUGCUGCUGGGAGAAAGGAAAUGCCCCAGUGACCAACACCAGCAAACGCUCUUUGCAACCUAGUCCUUGCCUCAAAACAUAAACCGUGCCUUAAAUCCCAGGACUCAGAAAGCAGAAACAGGCAGAGCUCUGUGAGUUCAAGACCAGCCUGAUCUACACAGCAAGUUCCAUCCCAGCCAGGGCUAAAUAGUGAGAUGCUGUCUCAAAAGAAAAUUAAAAUUUAGAUGUGUUUAAGCCUUGCCUGCUUCGCCUAGCCUUGGGAGGCCAAGUGAGGUGGAGCCGGUCUGUUUGAUAAGCUCUGUUUGAUAAGAGCUAAUUCCUGAAUGACCUUCCCAGACCCCACCCCUCCACCCAUCCUUCUCCACAUCCAGGUCCCAGCUGACUGAAAGCAUCCUUGUUCUCCAACACUUCUGAAGCAUUUGCCAUCCUGAAGCCUGAAGCACCUUCCUGAUUCUGCUUAGGCCCAGCAAUUACUUAUCCACUAGGACUCAACAAUAAUUCCCCCUUUCAAUCCAUUUGAAGUUCUAUAAGCAUGUCGGUCUCGGGAGAGUCUACGCCCAGAUUAGAGACCAUUUUUAUUUUCACCUGCGCUAGUCCUAAAUAUCUAUCCAGAACCCCGAGGCUAGUGGGAAGCCAAUCAAAAUCUGGGAGUCAGAGAGGAGGGGUGAGGGGGAUUCUUGUGAACACUGAGUUUUUCCUCCUUCCCCUCUAUCUCAGGCUUGAUAACUUGACUCCUGGGAUGCUGAGAAUUGAAUGUCAGGAGCUAGGAAAGAUCCCUCUAUGUACCCUGUUGGCAUGGAGACCGGGAAAUCAGAGAAUAAAGUAGCCCCAUUUGCCAAGUACUCAAAAUGAGCCUUCUCAUUUCAGACCAGAAGGAUACAGGGUCCUCUAGGUUUCCACCGAUUGUCUCUGAAGAUGGUAAUUACUCCGUACACCGGAAUAGCCACAAACGCUAUCAGGAAGCCGUACGAAAGGUGUUGUUAAAGACAUUCCCCAAUCAGGUCUUUCGAGUCCCAGUGACCGACGCUCAGAACUUCAGCUUCUGGUGGACCGACCAUUCAAGCGUGCGUCCAGAGAAAAACAUACCAUGGAUCCAGUGUCGACGCCAUUGUCUUAUUAAAAGCCCGAUGACCAGGUUAGGCUGAGAGAAAGGUCAGGGUAGGGGGCUGGGGAAGUUUUUUCUCCUCACAAUGAAACCUAUUGUUAAGCUCCGCUUAAGAGCUGAGAAUAAGCUGGGUGUAGUGAUGCACACCUUUAAUCCUAGCACUCAGGAGGCAAAGGCAAGUGGAUCUCUGUGAGCUGGGAGUUCAAGCCCAGACUGGUCUAUACAGAGUUCCAGGAAAGCCAGAACUACAUAGAGAGACUCUGUCUCAGAAUCAGAGAAGAGGUUUGAGUCCUAUCAGGGAGAGUGGACCUCAGAUCCUGGGCAGUGUGGUCUCCACACAGUAGUUUGAGACCUGUCCGCUUUGUUUUAUGGGUGAGAUUCUGAACAGGCACAGAAUCAAUGUCUUUAACAUUCCUGUGGGUUCCCGAAGUCUACUCCAACCAGCAUCCUCCUCAGCAGCUCUACUUCACCACCCCUGCCCAUUCGCACAGAGGCAGCCUUGAGGACCAUUGUUAAGGAUGCUCCCUUCCCUUUAGCCUGACCUGGCUGAAUCUCGAGACAUUUUCUCUUUUCCAGAUACAUGGAUCAUUCUAUUCUCAAUGACAAAACCUUCACUCAGUAUUGAGGAGGACACGCCUACAGGACAAGAUGAAAACUGGAGGGAGGGCAAGGAGGGGUCAGGGUGGCCAAGUCUUCAGGUGGAGACGAGAAGGGGGAAUCGAGGUGGUAGGGGAAGCGAAAUAAACAAACUGAACUAAAAGGCAUUUCUUCGCACUGGCUGUAGGAGGCAGUGGAGUCAUCCUACGGCCCUGACUCCUUGAGAGCAGGUAUGUGAGAUUCCUGACGAGGUCAGAUCUAGGAAUGAGAGGAGUGCGGGGACUGGAGCACUGAGAGAACAACCACAGAGGUGUUGACUCAGUGCAUGACAGGGGUCAGAGUCAACAUCUGGGAAGGCACAUCUAAUGCAUGACGGGGUUAGAGUCAACAUCUGGGAAGGCACAUCUAAUGCAUGACGGGGUCAGAGUCAACAUCUGGGAAGACACAUCUAAUGCAUGACGGGGUCAGAGUCAACAUCUGGGAAGACACAUCUAAUGCAUGAUGGGGUCAGAGUCAACAUCUGGGAAGAGACAUCUAAUAAGUGACAGGGGUUGGAGUCAAUGUCUGGGAAGACACAUCGAAUGCAUGACGGGGUCAGAGUCAAUGUCUGGGAAGACACAUCUAAUGCAUGACAGGGUUAGAAUCAAUGUCUGGGAAGACACACUUGUCCUCAUGUGAAAAGCCUUAAGUGGCCACACUCUCUGCAGACAUUGCA